AUGGAGCCACGAGGCGUUGAAUUUUAUAAAAAACUGCCGAAAAUCGAGCUUCAUGCACAUUUGAAUGGAAGCCUGUCGGCGGAAACAAUCGCUGAAUUGGACGAGCUGAAAAAGCAGCAAUCUAAUGGAACUUAUCACGGGUUAACCGACGAGGAGCGCGCAAUGACUUCGAUGGACAGGCCGAUGACGCUGGCCGAGGGCUUUAAAAUAUUCCCGAUUAUCCAAUCGCUGACACAAACCCCAGAAGCCGUCAAGCACGCUACAACGGCUGUAUUAAAGGACUUUGAAGCGGAUGGCGUGCGUUAUAUUGAGCUGCGAUCGACGCCGAAAAGUAUUGGUAUGACGAAAAAAGAAUAUAUCCAAGCGGUUAUCAGCGGGAUGGAGGAUUAUGAGCUAGGAGGGGGCACCACGAUUUCCCGGUUUAUCGUCAGCAUUGAUCGUCGCCAGACGCUAGAGGAAGCGAAGGAUACUGUAGAAUUGGCACUAGCUGCAGAGUCUGAAGAUCAUCUGGAAGAGGUUGACGCUUUUCUGGAACUUUGCCCAGAUCGAAUCGGACAUGGAACAUUUUUGCACAGACGUGAGGAAUGGGUUCGGCGUAUGAUCGAACUGCGGAUUCCUUUAGAAAUCUGCCUUUCCUCGAACCUGCUCACCAAAACCACGCCCAGCCUGGCGGAUAGUCACUUCCAGCAUUGGCGUCAAAAUGGGCAGCCGGUGACGUUGGCCACCGACGACAAGGGACUGUUCUGCUCUCCGCUCAGCAACGAAUUCCGGAUCGCCGCCAAGGAAUUCCGGCUUGACGCUGGGGACUGUUUGAAGAUCUGCCAGGCAUCAUUAGACGCGUCUUUUCUGGACUCGAAGUCUGCUGAAUACCGUCAAGUCCAAGCGCUAUUGUCGAAUUUUUCAUAUGAA